UUCUGAAGUUAAAAUGGAUACAAAGCGUUUUGGUAGAGAGGGAGUACACCAAACGCCUAACUAAUCGAAUGCCCCUGUUUCAUUUGCUUGCUGACGAUUGUUUCCUCUGCACGAACCAAAACCGUUGACUUGGAGAAAAAGAACACGCUUUCAGCCAAUCGCUCUUCGUCGCCAUUUCGCGGGCACAGGGAGUGAGGAUCUUGGAAAUUCCCGUAGAAUUUGUGCUCACGACCCAUAUCAUCAUCAUCCGUGUCACGCGCACCCGCGAGUGAAGGAGGUUUACUAGAGCAGCUCAGCUUCAGCACCCCGGCUCAACUCAACGCGCGCGCGCCAGGCCGCCGCCGCAGCGAUGGACUGCUUCAUCCGCGUGCUCGGCCUGGCCAUCGCCAACUUGGUCUGCGUCGGCGGCACGGGCGUCCUCAUCAACUCGCUCGUCCACCGCGCGCGGAGGCCACACCGCACGAGCGACAUGGUCGCGCUCUCCCUCUUCUUCGUCUUCUGGAUCGGCGUCAGCGCCUGUGUCUACCCGGCCUUCUGCGGCGCGCUCUUCCCGUGGUCGGCGCUGGGCCGUGUCCUCGCCCCGCCUCUGCGCGCCGCCGCGUGGGUGCUCCGCCUGCCGUGCCGGUGCGCGCGCACGGUCGCCGGUUCCGUACUACAGCGCCACCGGAGCAGGAGCGGCGGCGGCGGCGCUUCGGGCGCGUUGCCGCAGUUCGUGGUGCGAGGACAGGGCGAUGGCGGCAUCUACGUGCUCGCGCGGGAGCCACCGGUGCGCGGCGGGGCGCGGGUGGUCGCCGUCGACGACAUCCUGGCGUACGAGCAGCAGCACGGCGACAAGCGGCCGGACGGCGCGUCGGGCUGUGCGGUGUGUCUCGGCGAGGUGGAGGACGGGGAGAUGGUGAAGCGGAUGCCGGGGUGCCUCCACAUGUUCCACCAGGAGUGCAUUGACCUGUGGCUGCGCGACCACUCCACAUGCCCGGUCUGCCGGUACAACGUCUUCGCUCCGAUGCCGGAUCAAGUAGUAUGAGUGUGACAACGUUUAGAUUCUUGCCAUUUUUCUUGUCUAUCUUGGUAGCGAGAGGCAACAAAAAGAGCUUACUGUAUAUGUAACUGGGUAAAUGUAAAUAGAUGCAGAUAUAGAGACUAGUAAAAU